AAAGAGGGAACCGGGUGUUUCUCCUUCUCUUCCGAGUCUUCUCUCUCCACUCUACUCUUUUUCGAAAGAUACAAAAUGGUAUCAAAGCCAAUGGAAAAAAAGGAUGUAGAUGAAAAUGGAAAAGAAAGAAAACUCAGCAACUUGCAGAAAAGCUCAGGAAAUCCCCGAGAAUUUGUUUAAGCAGCAAAUCUAAGCAACAUGAAGCCACAGCAAUAUAGGAGGAGCUGACAUGCUAGGGAAGAUGGCCUUGGCAUCAAAAACAAAGCAUAUGGGGACGGUAAUUGGUAGAUUUUAAAUGUUAUGGUUAUGAUGACUCAGCUCCUCGACGCUCAAUUUAUCCACACCGAUCGAGAUGCCAAUUGUGUAGUUAAUUGCCUCGCUAAGAAAGGCCCUUAUUUACAUUCUGCUUUUGUUUUGUAUGAACAUUGCCCUGCUCAUGUUUGUUAUCUUACCUUUUGUACUGUAAUGCUAUUGGGAAUGACCACUUAAUAUCUAAUGUAUCAUGUUAUCUAAAAAGAAAAAGGAAAAGCUUAAGCACCGAGGAAGAGUGCAGUGGGGUUGUGGUGUUAAAGUUGCAACAGUUGGCAGCAAAUUAAAUGCAAAUGAAAGCUGCACUGACAGCACAGUAGCACUAAAGUGUUGCAGAAGGGUAGCGAAGUUGCUGCGUUAAGUCGAAUGACAGAGCAAAAUAUCUCAUUCAUGGUUAAGUGGCAAAGUUACUGGCGUUCGGUAAAAAUUAUUGCACAAGUAAAAGGGUAUGUAUACG